GCCAUCCUUCGGAAACGCCAGUACGCGAACGCAGAACGCGGGUCCGGUCGCAUCUCUUACCUCUUCUUCUUCGCCACGGUCGAAACACCGCGGUGUGCAAGACAAAACUUCUCGGAGCAUCUCCCGGUCGGGUCCUGUCCAUAGGAGCCCGCACUUUACCAGUCCUACAAUCCUAUUCUUUUGGGUGCGGGCAAAUAUCUCGGAACUCCAUCUCGGGGACGCAGUUGGUCAGCCGUCACCAUCACUUCCUGAGCUGAGAUCACUUUCUCGUCUCGGCGCGAGGUCAAUUAGCCAUCGACUGUGCCUGCCCCGAAGGAAUCCUUGUGAGCCAACAUCCUGUCUGAUAUCUUCGUUCACCAUGGGCUCGUCCAAGCUAACGAUGGCAUUCCUGCUAUGCGUCACCCUGACCUGGUCUCUGUCCCACGCGGCACCGGUUAUGACGCUGGUUGGCUCCUCGACCCAAGUGAGCAUCCACGCUGUCACCGAUCCUGGCACCACGACCGCCGUCCCUUCCGAAAGUAGCAGCGCCGUCUUCAAGGCCGAGGUUCAGAGUGGUACCGAGGCAGCGGCGUCCACUGUCGGAGCCCCAUCAACAUCCGUGACCGCAGCUGCCGCUUCCGCCGAGUCAACGGUGGCCGCGUCCUCUACCGAGAACCCUUCUUCACCCUCCGAGUCUGCGUCAACAGCCGGGGCGGUGACCAUGGCGGCGAUGGAAGCCGAUAAAGAGGAGACCGUCAGAGUUACCGCCACCUCUGGUCCGGAGACUUCGCCGGUGGUGUCGGCAGCCAGUGAAGAGCGGUCCGACGAGUCCAAGCCCACGAUGGAAACGGCAGAGCAGCCAAGCAAGAGCGACGCGACAGCCGCCACCGGUGGGCCAGCCACAACAGUCGCUCGCCAGGAGGAAGCGGAAGGCCGAUCGGGCGAUCAGAGCACCAACUCACCGCCAGUGACGACCCCAGCGGUCGUUGCCGAGGCAAUGGAGAAGGCGUCGGAGGCGUCACCAGUUCCGGUCGCGGAAUUUAGGGAAGACGCUCCGAGCACGGAAGCUCAGAACAAGGACACGUCGGCAUCCCCAGUCGCUGAAACAACAGUCGCCACCGCCGGUGCAACUCAGGAUGUCACGGCGAGUCCAAGCUCGCAGGCUUCAACCGAGGCCGCACCCGUAAGCACCGAAGCUGCAGUCGUUGCUGCUCACGCGGCCGUUGAAGCCCACAGCGAGACACCCGUCGCCGUUACAACAGAAAACGUCCCGCAGUCGAGCCCUGCUAGCACUACGGUCACAGCAGCCAGCACCGAAGUCAAGGCGGAGCCCGCGGAACCCGUUCAGGCCGCAUCGUCUGUGAACGAAACCAAGGUGGAAGCUCCGAAAGCAGUCGCCGAAGCCGCAUCAGUCGAAAAGGCAGCCGACACCGAAGGCCGCUCUGAGACCGGGGUUCCGGUAAGCACACAAGUUCCGGAGACCAAGCAGGAGAACCCCGAUGAGAAAGCCUCGGUGAUGACGACCGCCGCUAGCACCGCUGCCCCUUCUUCGACGGAGAGCUCCACCGCCGCAGCAACAACGGAAGUGGCCGCUCGUGCAGCCGCGCAAGAGGAGGAGGCAAAGAGCAGCACGCAGGUGUCAACUCAGAGCGAAAGCAGCACGGAAGCUGAAAAGACGAGCGACACAGCCUCCUCGACCGAAAAACCAGCCAUGUCGGAAGUUCACUCUACGACCGCAGCCGUAGUCGCCGAAGCGAUGAAGUCUACGGACAAGAUGAGCGUGGAAGUAUCCAAGCCAACUGAGGUGGUUUCUUCCCAAACUGCCGAAGCCAUGGCGGCGACGACGGCCGGCGCUCCUGCACCAACAACCACGAGCGAGGCGGCUAUGCAGACUUCGACGAACGGAUCGACAGAGUCCAGCGCAGCGCCAGCAGUUACCGCCGCAGCUCAGAUGGAGGAGUCCUCAACUGCCUUAAAGGUGGAGUCAACGCAAGCAGCGACGACUACCACUGCGUCAUCGACCACGGCCGCGUGAUUGUCCAACUGACUUUCCGUUUUUGCUUCUACAAUUCAACAUAUGGUGUACGGCCUCUAAAUUAUUUCGCCAAGGUGAUUUUCUCCACGGCUGAUCAAUCUGGUCCUGAAAAAAGACAACGAAAAAAAAGUUUUACUGUGUGAAGGAUACUUUGCUGCGCCAGUUCUUCUCUAAUUGUACAGACUUCCUAUUUUUUUCUUCGUUUUUGUCAGCUUAUAGGAGUAGUCGUCGACAAUCACGAUGAUUUUUCUUUGUCUACUUAAGCUGAAAAAAAAACUCGUGCUAGGGGGUGUUUUGUUCCUGUUUACGGAACACAGUGUGAUUGUUAAAUAAAAAUGUGAGAUCCAA